AAACAUCAAUAUCUGUUAACAAAAGUUCUAGUAUCAUCCUCUUACUUACAUCGUUGCUCCAUCCCUGGCGUCAGUCAUGAUGUGUCUUUUAGUUUUCCCCGAUGAUAGCUACCGACUUUGGAAAGUCGCAUUUCUGACCCCGCGUUGCACCAUCCCCAUUGCAUUACCCCAUCCAUUCUGCUUGUUUGCCGCCAUCACACGCCAGUCUUGCAACAUAGGCUGAUAUCACUCUCGGCAUAUAAACAGAUACGUUUGCCCCUUUUCUCCAACUUUUUCUCCUCAUCGCUAUCUCCAACACAUUCUUCGUCUUUCACAUCUGUUCCCCUCCCACAAACACACUUCACCACUGCUUCAUUCUUCCGGUCAAAACACAAUGGUCUCCGUCAAAACCGUCGCCGUCCUCGGCGGAACCGGCAACCUAGGCCCCUCCAUAGUCCACGAACUCCUCUCAGCAGGCUUCACAGUCACAGGCCUAACCCGUUUCUCCUCUGCCAACUCCACCCCCGCCUACCCCGACAGUGUGACUGUCCACAAAGUCGAUUUUGGAUCUUUUGACUCCCUUAAGGAUGCCUUUUCAGGCCAGGACGCUGUUGUCUCUGUGGUCGGCAGCCCAGGGGUUUCAGCCCAGAGACUAGCUGUUGACGCUGCUAUUGCUGCGGGAGUGAAGAGGUUUAUCCCGAGCGAGUUUGGGGUUAACACGCGGAAGGUGAGGGACAGGCCGAUGGGAGCGAUACUGAGGGGGAAGGUGGAGGUGGUGGAUUAUUUGAUUGAGAGAGAGAGAGAGAUUGAGUGGACGGGGGUGAGUACGGGGUUGUUUUUUGACUGGGGUUUGGAGAAGCACGGCUUGAGCACCAUCAACCUUGACGAUAAAACAUCAUCCAUUGUCGACUCGGGAAACGAAAAGUUUCAAGUGAGCACGCUUGCGCAGGUGGGCAGGGCGGUUGUCGGGGUUUUGAAGCAUCUGGAGGAGACGAGGAAUAGGUAUCUCGUCACGUCGUCAUUCCAGGUGUCGCAGAACGAGAUUAUACAGGCUGUGGAGGAGCUGACGGGGGAGAAGUACCCUGUUGUGAAGAGAGAGAGGGCGGAGGACUUGCAAAGGGCUGGGGAGGAGAAGCUUGCUGUGGGGGAUUAUAGGGCUUUUAUUGAUUUUCUGAGGGCGUAUAAUAAUGCGGACGGGGCAGGGAAUGCGGUGGGGGAGGAGGAGAGUUCGAAUGGGUUGGUUGGGUUGGAGGAGGAGGAUCUGAGAGAGUGUGUGAGAGGGUGGUUGGUGAGGGCGGGGGUUAUUUCCUGAGUUUG